ACACGUAGUCUCGUUCCCAUUCCACGUAGCGCUACGACUAUAGCACUACUAUCUCGUCAUCGUCAUUCAAUCGCACGUACUCACGCUCGCGGUAUGCACCACGCCGCCACGCACACGCACUGACAGAUCGCGAUCUUUGCGGGAACCGCGGACGGGCCCUAGAUGACCGUCAUUCAGUCCGGUUCGGUUACCAGCGGCACACAUCGUCCGUAAACGGCGGCGGCGGCACAACCAGCAUCAGCUGCAGUAGGCAUCGCGUCGUAACAACCGCAGCGACAACAACAACAACAACAAUAAUAUUGUUAUCAUCGCCGUCGCACGCGUUCCCUCGCCGCUUAUCUCUCUCGCGCUCACCGACUGAUCCGCGUCGGUCGUCACGACCCGUCGCCGGCAAGUACGUUAUUUUCGAUCGUCGCUCGUAAUCGUAUCAUAGGUACAAUAUAUAACGACUUGCUGUCGCUGUCACGCGGUCAGUCGUUUCCGCGUCGGCGUCGGUAGCGUUCAAACCGAUAACGAUAGUAUAAUAUUGUUUUUCUAAUUUUUUUUUUCCUUCGGUCAUCUCCGUUCAUCAUACGCAGCCGUCGACGUCCGGAUAGUAUUCAGUGGUCGUCUUCCUCAGCGCCGGACUUGUUUCACUAGCCGGACGGCCGUCGGGUACGUCGAACCCGGAAAUUGCCGCGGCACGACCAGCAAUCGCCCAACUACAAUAAUAUUAUUAUUAUUCAACGCGAUAAUAUAAUAGCCAUACAUAGCUGAUUGUGUUUGCAGUUAGACGUCAAUCGGCAACGCUUCGGAGCUUUGAAAUUUUCGACCGGUGGUCGGCAUCGAGGGUUGGAUACAUCACCGACAUGCAACUGAUGGUGCCAGUCUCAAAACUAUUCGUCUUAAUCGGCGUAGCAUCGCUGGUGACUUUGACGCAAUCCGCCGCGGUCAUCGGCAACGACAAGCAACAACUUCUGGUAGACGAUGAACAGCUGUCCGAAGCCGCUUACGGACGAUGCGAUGACGGCCCUGUGAUCAAUUGCCGCACGCUGCCACUGUUCAACUACACUGAAUUGUCGCCACCGCCUGUUGGACCCGACGCCGCUGCUGACAUACUACAAGAUGUCAAUUGCCCGUACAAAAACUUGGAACGACAUUUUCGGUGUGUGGACGCGUUUACCCGCCGUUGCAUGACGCCUGAUCAACGGGGAGCCUUCUACUCGCUGUACACCGUUCCGACGUUGGACAUGCAAGAGCUGUGCACCGAGGGUAGCCCUUAUAGGGAGGAAUACUUGAAACACGCCGCUUGCUUGCGCACUGUGCACACCGAGUACGUCCAGUGCGGACGUCGACACCAGAAUGAGUUAGCCUCCCUAAUGGUAGAUCAGGAGCAGCAUACCGGAAGUGAUGGGACUUUGGCUUCGACUGCGUUGCCAAUCGCGGGCGCCGAACAGAUAACACAGAACCUGGCCCGCUUGUGUGGAUCAUUCAGAGGACAUUUGCAGUGUGUGCACGGCAUUGUCCGGGCCACUUGCGGCCAGCAGACCGAAGAGUUCGCCAGUCAAUUUCUUAGUCAAAUGGCAUCCUCGCUUUUGAACAUCUGUGAUAAGUACGGGAACGGUGCCAACGGCGGCGUGUCUCGGUCUCCGUCCUCAAGUGCCGCCCGGAUGACCGGAACCACGACCAAGGGGCUGGUUGCUUUACAGACAGCGAUCGUUAUGGCAUUUUCGUUCCGGAAUUGGUAAAGAAUUCUGGCAGCCAUCAAACAUCCACUACGGGAGGACGAUGUUCAUUUUAAAUGAAAACAAUAAACGCCACCGGUUUCGCCAUUACAUUUUACUGACCGCACGCCUCCUCGCCAUAAAAUUCUAUACCUACCACGAUUAUUCUUGCCUACUCUAGAUCAUAACUAUAUAGAUUAUUAUUAUUAUUACUAUUAAACUAUUUUCACUAUGUUAUGUUUAUUAGGUAUUAAUUUAUUAUCGUUACUAUUAUUGCUAUAAUGUCAUACUGUGUAUAAUAUGGAAUGUAUUGUGAUGUGUAUUAUUUCGGGAGUGUUAAUUAUUAUUUAAUAUUAUUAUUAGGCAUAUUAUAGUUUGUUUUGUUUGUUUGUAUACGCGCAAUAUUGCAUUGCAGUUGAAGUUUUAUUAAAAAAAAUCUAGUGAACAAAA